AUGGCGACGGAGCUGAGAGGCUUUUGGAAGCUGUUUGGGUCACUGAGACAUAUUUACACUUUCUCUCUUCUAUUUUUGUUUGUGCAUUGUCAUACGUGUAAACAUCAAGUCCCAUCUCUGUCGGAGGUAAGUGUAGUUUAUCGCUUGCUUACCAGUUGUUUUCUCGUAAGGAAUCAAUGAGCCACUUUGCAAGGAAGACGCUCGAGCCAUGUCAAUAGGGGCGUUACAGGUCGACUGUCACUAUCUUAAAAUUGUAGCUAUUUCCUCUCGUAAAAUUACAUUAUUAAACGUUUCAUUUAAUGCAUGCAAUUCAAUGUAUUCUUUACAUGGAGAGCACUGUAUCAAAAUGAUGCUAAUCAUGUGGUUCACUCAUCGCAAGGUGUUUCUACAUGAUAAUACAGUAGCUACUUUGCUUUCAACAAUGUUUCUUCUUGUAGGUUGUCCAUAAAGUAUAUCUGAAGUCGGAAAGAUUAACCAAAAGAAGCUCUGAUCAACAAUUAAAGAUACAAAUAAUUUAUGAUUCAAGUGUGGACAAGUAAGAUUAUUUCUAUCCUACUAUUCUCAGAGUAUAUAAGUGUGUUCCUGGCCUUAGUGUAAGCCAAUCUCAUUGAUAUUGUAAAUACAUGUUAUGUCUUCUUCCAAAGGUUAACCUCAGAUAAAAGAAGACUUGUGAAGGUAUGUUUGUGUGAAUGAGGUCAGAGCUCUUUCCCAUUGACAUGCAGGACAAUAUAUAUAUAUAUAUAUAUAUAUAUAUAUACACACACACUACCAGUCAAAAGUUUGGACACACCUACUCAUUCAAGGGUUUUUCUUUAUUUUUACUAUUUUUUACAUUGUAGAAUAAUAGUGAAGACAGCAAAACUAUGAAAUAACACAUGGAAUCAUGUAGGAAACAAAAAGUUUUAAACAAAUCAAAAUAUAUGUUAUAUUUGAGAUUCUUCAAAUAGCCACCCUUUGUCUUGAUGACAGCUUUGCAAACUCUUGGCAUUCCCUCAACCAGCUUAACCUAGAAUGCUUUUCCAACAGUCUUGAAGGAGUUCCCACAUAUGCUGAGCACUUGUUGGCUGCUUUUCCUUAACUCUGCGGUCCGACUCAUCCCAAACCAUCUCAAUUGGGUUGACGUCGGGGGAUUGUGGAGGCCAGGUCAUCUGAUACAGCACUCAAUCACUCUCCUUCUUGGUAAAAUAGCUUUUACACAGCCUGGAAGUGUGUUGGGUCAUUGUCCUGUUGAAAAACAAAUGAUAGUCGCACUAAGCCCAAACCAGAUGGGAUGGUGUAUCGAUGUAGAAUGCUGUGGUAGCCAUGCUUGUUAAGUGUACCUUGAAUUCUAAAUAAAUCACAGACAGUGUCACCAGUAAAGCACCCCCACACCAUAACACCACCUCCUCCAUGCUUUACGGUGGGAAAUACACAUGCAGAGAUCAUCCGUUCACCCACACCGUGUCUCACAAAGACACAGCGGUUUGAACCAAAAAUCUCACAUUUGACUCCAGACCAAAGGAUAGAUUUCCACCGGUCUAAUGUCCAUUGCUCGUGUUUCUUGGCCCAAGCAGGUCUCUUCUUCUUAUUGGUGUCCUUUAGUAGUGGUUUCUUUGCAGCAAUUCGACCAUGAAGGCCUGAUUCACACAGUCGAUGUUGAGAUGUGUCUGUGACUUGAACUCUGUAAAGCAUUUAUUUGGGCUGCAAUUUCUGCGGCUGGUAACUCUAAUGAACUUAUCCUCUGCAAAAGAGGUAACUCUGGGUCUUUUAUUCCUGUCAUCCUCAUGAGAGCCAGUUUCAUCAUAGAGCUUGAUGUUUUUUGCGACUGCACUUGAAGAAACUUUCAAAGUUCUUGAAAUGUUUCGUGUUGACUGACCUUUAUGUCUUAAAGUAAUGAUGGACUGUCAUUUCUCUUUGCUUAUUUGAGCUGUUCUUGCCAUAAUAUGGACUUGGUAUUUGACCAAAUAGGGCUAUCUUCUGUAUACCCACCCUACCUUUUCACAACACAGCUGAUUGGUUCAAACGCAUUAAGAAGGAAAUCAAUUCCACAAAUUAACUUUUUAGAAGGCACUCCUGUUAAUUGAAAUGCAUUCCAGGUGACUACCUCAUGAAGCUGGUUGAGGGAAUGCCAAAAGUGUUUAAAGCUGUCACCAAAGCAAAGGGUGGCUAUUUGAACAAUCUCAAAUAUAAAAUAUAUUUUGAUUUGUUUAACACUUUUUUGGUUACUACAUGAUUCCAUAUGUGUUAUUUCAUAGUUUUGAUGUCUUCACUAUUAUUCUAAAACUUAGAAAAUAGUAAAAAUAAAGAAAAACCCUGGAAUGAGUAGGUGUGUCCAAACUUUUAACUGGUACUGUGUGUGUAUAUAUACAGUGGGGGAAAAAAGUAUUUAGUCAGCCACCAAUUGUGCAAGUUCUCCCACUUAAAAAGAUGAGAGAGGCCUGUAAUUUUCAUCAUAGGUACACGUCAACUAUGACAGACAAAUUGAGAUUUUUUUUCUCCAGAAAAUCACUUUGUAGGAUUUUUAAUGAAUUUAUUUGCAAAUUAUGGUGGAAAAUAAGUAUUUGGUCACCUACAAACAAGCAGGAUUUCUGGCUCUCACAGACCUGUAACUUCUUCUUUAAGAGGCUCCUCUGUCCUCCACUCGUUACCUGUAUUAAUGGCACCUGUUUGAACUUGUUAUCAGUAUAAAAGACACCUGUCCACAACCUCAAACAGUCACACUCCAAACUCCACUAUGGCCAAGACCAAAGAGCUGUCAAAGGACACCAGAAACAAAAUUGUAGACCUGCACCAGGCUGGGAAGACUGAAUCUGCAAUAGGUAAGCAGCUUGGUUUGAAGAAAUUAACUGUGGGAGCAAUUAUUAGGAAAUGGAAGACAUACAAGACCACUGAUAAUCUCCCUCGAUCUGGGGCUCCACGCAAGAUCUCACCCCGUGGGGUCAAAAUGAUCACAAGAACGGUGAGCAAAAAUCCCAGAACCACACGGGGGGACCUAGUGAAUGACCUGCAGAGAGCUGGGACCAAAGUAACAAAGCCUACCAUCAGUAACACACUACGCCGCCAGGGACUCAAAUCCUGCAGUGCCAGACGUGUCCCCCUGCUUAAGCCAGUACAUGUCCAGGCCCGUCUGAAGUUUGCUAGAGUGCAUUUGGAUGAUCCAGAAGAGGAUUGGGAGAAUGUCAGAUGAAACCAAAAUAUAACUUUUUGGUAAAAACUCAACUCGUUGUGUUUGGAGGACAAAGAAUGCUGAGUUGCAUCCAAAGAACACCAUACCUACUGUGAAGCAUGGGGGUGGAAACAUCAUGCUUUGGGGCUGUUUUUCUGCAAAGGGACCAGGACGACUGAUCCGUGUAAAGGAAAGAAUGAAUGGGGCCAUGUAUCGUGAGAUUUUGAGUGAAAACCUCCUUCCAUCAGCAAGGGCAUUGAAGAUGAAACGUGGCUGGGUCUUUCAGCAUGACAAUGAUCCCAAACACACCGCCCGGGCAACGAAGGAGUGGCUUCGUAAGAAGCAUUUCAAGGUCCUGGAGUGGCCUAGCCAGUCUCCAGAUCUCAACCCCAUAGAAAAUCUUUGGAGGGAGUUGAAAGUCUGUGUUGCCCAGCGACAGCCCCAAAACAUCACUGCUCUAGAGGAGCUCUACAUGGAGGAAUGGGCCAAAAUACCAGCAACAGUGUGUGAAAACCUUGUGAAGACUUACAGAAAACGUUUGACCUGUGUCAUUACCAACAAAGGGUAUAUAACAAAGUAUUGAGAAACUUUUGUUAUUGACCAAAUACUUAUUUUCCACCAUAAUUUGCAAAUAAAUUAAUUAAAAAUCCUACAAUGUGAUUUUCUGGAUUUUGAAAAAAAAUUGUCUGUCAUAGUUGACGUGUACCUAUAAUGAAAAUUACAGGCCUCUCUCAUCUUUUUAAGUGGGAGAACUUGCACAAUUGGUGGCUGACUAAAUACUUUUUUCCCCACUGUAUGUGUGUCAUGUCUAUCACAUCUACAUGAUAAUCUUACCUAUGUUAAGUUUUGUUGCACCAGGCUAAUAUUAUGUUAUGUGCAUUCUAGCUAGCUGCUGGUUUAACAAGUACUGCCUUUUUGUUUUCUACAGGAUAAACUUUUUCCACAAGCAAUUGAUUAUUUACAGAAGGUUUUUCAGGUUCGCCGGAAAGCAGGGCCUAUACUACUCAGCAGGUCGAGAGCUCACCUCCCAUCACCAUCCAACACAGUCCAAUAACAUGUCCUAAUCUCAAGUAGACAAUACAAUAGUUUCAAGUUUGUAAUUAAAUUGGGGUAGUGUAGCAUUUUAAGAUGUUCAAGAUAAUCUAUUUUAUUGAAUUGGCCUUAAACAUAGCAUGCUUUUCAUAUAUUGAAUAUCAAAAAGAGCACACUAAGUUUACACAAGGCUCGAUCAGUCAGAGGUUCAGUUGAUGUAUCUUUCUCUUGCAUUAUAAAAUUGUGUGUUUCUGUUCAGACAAUGUGUGACCAAUCAGUAUCUGAGGAAGAAAGAUGACCCUCACCGCUACUGCCAGGGAUCAUGUGCAGACAUCACAAAGUGUGGACCCGUCAUUGUUCCUGAGCAUCAUCUGCAGGUCAGUCUACGCCACUGAGGUGUAGUGACCAGGUAGGUUGGUUGAUAGACUAGUUAUUAGUAAUACCUAUUCUAUCAACCAACCUAAUUAGUCAGUGUUGGUCACUGUUAUUGGUCACCGUUAUUACCAUGUGAUUUCUGGUGAUGAUUUGUUAUUGAUGAAAAAUGGCAUGUACAUUGUCAUUAGGGAUGCCUGUCCUUCCGCUGUCUUCCACAAUCAUGUAUUUUGUCCGCAUACAUUGCCCACUACUAUCCACUACCAAUACAGAUAACUCAUACAUUGCCCACUACUAUCCACAUCCACUACCCAUACAGACAACUCAUACGCACAUAGAAUAAAAAAGGUUUUACCAGAUAUUGUUCAUCCUGAUCAGACAGGUUUUUUACAUGGACAAUAUAUUGGAGAUAAUAUACGACAAUUACUUGAAACAAUUGAACAUUAUGCAACAUCAAAGAUACCAGGCCUGGUAUUCAUAGCAGAUUUUGAAAAGGCGUUUGAUAAAGUACGACUAGAAUUUAUAUAUAAAUGCCUGGCCUACUUUAAUUUAGGUUAAUCUCUUCUACAAUGAGUUAAAGUUAUGUACAGCAACCCCAGGUGUAAAAUAGUAAAUAAUGGUUACUUCUCAGAAAGUAUUGAGCUGUUAAGAGGAGUAAAACAAGGCUGUCCGUUGUCUCCAUAUCUAUUUAUUAUGGCCAUCGAAAUGCUAGCUAUUAAAGUCAGAUCCAACAAAAACAUCAAAGGGUUAGAAACCCGUGGGUUAAAAACAAAAGUGUCAAUGUAUGCCGAUGACUGAGUUCUUUUAAAAGUCCGCAAUCUGGAUCCCUGCAUGGUCACAUUGAAGAUCUUGAUCACUUUUUAACCUCUCUGGACUAAAACUGAAUUAUGACAAGAGUACCAUAUUAUGUAUUGGAUCGUUAAAAGACACAAUGUAUACACUACCUUGUAGUUGACCAAUAACAUGGGCGGAUGGUGAAGUAGACAUACUUGGGAUUCAUAUCUAAAAAAAAUAUAUAUGAAUUUACCACAACCAAUUUCGAUAGAAAGUUUGCAAAAAUAGAUACGAUUCUGCAACCAUGGAGAGGUAAAUACUUGUCUAUUUAUGGAAUAAUCACAUUGAUCCACAGCUCUGUGGAGUGUACGGCUUAAAGUGGUCCUAUGGACAGAUACUCCAAUCUCCACUGUGGAGCUUUGCAGCUCCUUCAGAGUUAUCUUUGGUCUCUUUGUUGCCUCUCUGAUUAAUGCCCUCCUUGCCUGGUCCGUGAGUUUUGGUGGGCGGCCCUCUCUUGGCAGGUUUGUUGUGGUGCCAUAUUAUUUCCAUUUUUAUAUAAUGGAUUUAAUGGUGCUCCGUGGGAUGUUCAAAGUUUCUGAUAUUUUUUUAUAACCCAACCCUGAUCUGUACUUCUCCACAACUUUGUCCCUGGCCUGUUUGGAGAGCUCCAUGUUGCCGCUUGCUUGGUGGUGCCCCUUGCUUAGUGGUGUUGCAGACUCUGGGGCCUUUCAGAACAGGUGUAUAUAUACUGAGAUCAUGUGACAGAUCAUGUGACACUUAGAUUGCACACAGGUGGACUUUAUUUAACUAAUUAUGUGACUUCUGAAGAUAAUUGGUUGCACCAGAUCUUAUUUAGGGACUUCAUAGCAAAGGGGGUGAAUACAUAUGCAUGCACCACUUUUCCGUUAUUAAUUCUUUAGAAUUCUUUGAAACAAGUUAUUUUUUUCAUUCCACUUCACCAAUUAGGACUAUUUUGUGAAUGUCCAUUACAUGAAAUGCAAAUUAAAAAAUCCAUUUAAAUUACAGGUUGUAAUGCAACAAAAUAAGAAAAACAUCAAGGGGGAUGAAUACUUUUGCAAGGCACUGUAAGUUAUACUUAAACCUGAACUGGUUCUCCAGUAGAUUAUUAAGAAAGGCUCAUCCUUUGUUCAAAAAUUGCAUUUUUGCCUUUACAAAUUCUGAUUUCCGACUAAUUGAAAAUGAAACUUUGUUUCAAGUAUCGCCCUUCUUAAACAAGCCAUACAAAGCUGGUUACAAUUUCAAUUUCAUCCUCCAGAAAAGAUGCAACAAAUAUUAUGGUUAAACUCAAAUAUACUGAUUUGAUAAAAAUAAAAUAAAAAACGUUCUUUAUGAUUAUUUUUUUGAAUUGUGUUAGAUUUAUUAAUGAUAUUAUGAAUAGAAAUUGUGAAGUUAUGUCACAUGCAGCUAUCAAAUAUAUGGGUAUGUUUGCUCAAUCCAAAUGUACAACCAACUGAUUGCAAAAUUACCGCAAAGUGGAAGAGGGAGAAGGUAGGGAACUUGUUUGUCUGCCAUAUAUUAAAGAUACAAAUUGGCUGAAAAGGAUUGGCAUAAAUAGAAAAAUAUACCAGUUUCAUUUGAGGACAGAAACACAGGUUGCAAAAUAAAUGGGAAGAGAUUUUCGAUGUACCGAUUCCAUGGCACAUGAUAUAUGAACUGAUACAAAAAACAACACUUGAUUCACUCUUCGAGUUUUUCAAUUUAAAUUAUUAUACAAAAUUCUUGACACCAACAGAAUGCUAUAUACAGUGCAUUCGGAAAGUAUUCAGACCCCUUGACCUUUUCCACAAUUCUAAAAUUGAUUUAAUAAUUUUUUCCCCUCAUCAAUCUACACACAAUACCACAUAAUGACAAAGCGAAAACAUGUUUUUAUACAUAAAUAUAUUUUGAUUUGGUUACUACAUGAUUCCAUACAGUGAGGGAAAAAAAGUAUUUGAUCCCCUGCUGAUUUUGUACGUUUGCCCACUGACAAAAAUGAUCAGUCUAUAAUUUUAAUGGUAGGUUUAUUUGAACAGCGAGAGACAGAAUAACAACAAAGAAAUCCAGAAAAACGCAUGUCAAAAAUGUUAUAAAUUGAUUUGCAUUUUAAUGAGGGAAAUAAGUAUUUGACCCCCUCUCCGUCAAAGAUUUCUGGCUCCCAGGUGUCUUUUAUACAGGUAACGAGCUGAGAUUAGGAGCACACUCUUAAAGGGAGUGCUCCUAAUCUCAGUUUGUUACCUGUAUAAAAGACACCUGUCCACAGAAGCAAUCAAUCAAUCAGAUUCCAAACUCUCCACCAUUGCCAAGACCAAAGAGCUCUCCAAGGAUGUCAGGGACAAGAUUGUAGACCUACACAAGGCUGGAAUGGGCUACAAGACCAUCGCCAAGCAGCUUGGUGAGAAGGUGACAACAGUUGGUGCGAUUAUUCGCAAAUGGAAGAAACACAAAAGAACUGUCAAUCUUCCUCUGCCUAGGGCUCCAUGCAAGAUCUCACCUCGUAGAGUUGCGAUGCGCAUGAGAACGGUGAGGAAUCAGCCCAGAACUACACGGGAGGAUCUUGUAAAUAAUCUCAAGGCAGCUGGGACCAUAGUCACCAAGAAAACAAUUGGUAACACACUACGCCGUGAAGGACUGAAAUCCUGCAGCGCCCGCACGGUCCCCCUGCUCAAGAAAGGACAUAUACAGGCCCGUCUGAAGUUUGCCAAUGAACAUCUGAAUGAUUCAGAGGAGAACUGAGUGAAAGUGUUGUUGUCAGAUGAGACCAAAAUCAAGCUCUUUGGCAUCAACUCAACUCGCCGUGUUUGGAGGAGGAGAAAUGCUGCCUAUGACCCCAAGAACACCAUCCCCACCCUAAAACAUGGAGGUGGAAACAUUAUGCUUUGGGGGUGUUUUUAUGCUAAGGGGACAGGACAACUUUACCGCAUCAAAGGGAUGAUGGACGGGGCCAUGUACCGUCAAAUCUUGGGUGAGAACCUCCUUCCCUCAGCCAAGGCAUUGAAAAUGGGUCGUGGAUGGGUAUUCCAGCAUGACAAUGACCCAAAACACACGGCCAAGGCAACAAAGGAGUGGCUCAAGAAGAAGCACAUUAAGGUCCUGGAGUGGCCUAGCCAGUCCCCAGACCUUAAUCCCAUAGAAAAUCUGUGGAGGGAGCUGAGGGUUCGAGUUGCCAAACGUCAGCCUCAAAACCUUAAUGACUUGGAGAAGAUCUGCAAAGAGGAGUGGGACAAAAUCCCUCCUGAGAUGUGUGCAAACCUGGUGGCCAACUACAAGAAACGUCUGACCUCUGUGAUUGCCAACAAGGGUUUUGCCACCAAGUACUAAGUCAUGUUUUGCAGAGGGGUCAAAUACAUAUUUUUUCUUGCAUGGAGCCCCAGGCCGAGGGAGAUUGACAGUUAUUUUGUGUUUCUUCCAUUUGCGAAUAAUCGCACCAACUGUUGUCACCUUCUCACCAAGCUGCUUGGCGAUGGUCUUGUAGCCCAUUCUAGCCUUGUGUAGGUCUACAAUCUUGUCCCUGACAUCCUUGGAGAGCUCUUUGGUAUUGGCAAUGGUGGAGAGUUUGGAAUCUGAUUGAUUGAUUGCUUCUGUGGACAGGUGUCUUUUAUACAGGUAACAAGCUGAGAUUAGGAGCACUCCCUUUAAGAGUGUGCUCCUAAUCUCAGCUCGUUACCUGUAUAAAAGACACCUGGGAGCCAGAAAUCUUUCUGAUUGAGAGGGGGUCAAAUACUUAAUUCCCUCAUUAAAAUGCAAAUCAAUUUAUAACGUUUUUGACAUGCUUUUUUCUGGAUUUAAUAAACCUACCAUUAAAACUAUAGACUGAUAAUUUAUUUGUCAGUGGGCAAACGUACAAAAUCAGCAGGGGAUCAAAUACUUUUUUCCCUCACUGUAUGUGUUAUUUCAUAGUUUUGAUGUCUUCACUAUUAUUCUACAAUAUAGAAAAUAGUACAAAUAAAGAAAAACCCUGGAAUGAGUAGGUGUGUCCAAACUUUUGACUGGUAGUGUUCAUUUUAAGUACUUUAAAUACAGUUUUAUUUGACUUGGCCUGAAGCAAUUAAUACUUAAAACCUCUGUUUUCAUGCUCAACUGGAUUUCCUCUAUAGGAUAUCUACUCACCUGGCUUUCAAUCAUUGCCUUCUGCUGCUAUGUUGAACAGGUCUCUCUUGCAAAAGCGAUUAUCUCAAUGACACUAACCAAGGUUAAAUGGAAUGAUAUGCGUACCACAUGCCUGCGUGGGAUCGGAUUCCGGCCACACCGGUCUUUACACUCUCUUCCCUCUGUCUUCCCUCUCUCUCCCUGCUUAUUCCAUGUAUCCCUAUCAAUAAAAUAUGUAUUUAAAAAAAGAUGCUCAACUGGUAGGCCUAUAGAAAGGUUGGCUGAUGUUGGUCUUGAGUACUGUAGUUUGAUUGUUAUUAUGUCCAUCAUGUGAUUUUCAGUAAUGCAAGGUAUUUCAGGUCUUACUUGUAGAUUCAGGGCUCACCUGUAAAAGAGACAUGGGUCUUUAAUGUGACUUUCCUGUUUAAAUAAAGGUUAAUUAACUAAAAUGAAAUAAAAAUGCUAUUCUAUGUAUGUGAUUUCCAGCAAUGCAAGGUGUGCAGCGAGACAGGGAGGUCGUGUGGCUCGGCAGGGCCUCUGGAUGGGAAGGGGGUGGAGGGGGCUGACUUUGUCCUCUAUGUCAGCGGGGUGACUACAGAACGCUGUGGACAGGAGAAUAUUGUGGCCUACGCUGCAUACUGUCAACUGGAGUCUGAGCUGGACAGGUAAGCCUGCAACCCUAUACACUUUUAUUAGGGGUGUAAUGGUACAGGUAUUCGUACAGAACUGUUCGGUAUGGGGACCUCAGUUCGGUCCACACUGUGAACCUGAAUGAAUACAUUAACCUCCUAAGGUCGAUGUCCGUGCCCCCGCGUAAAUCUAAUCUGUCAGUUUAAACUAGAGAUAUCCGUUUUUUUUGCAUUGGAUGCGUCUCAAUCCACUGCAUCCGCCUAUGUAACACUUUCAUAUCUGCGGUGACAGAGCUAGAGCGGUGUUUGUCAGAUCAUGAGACAUCCCAUAAAUCAGUCUUCUCACAAAAUUGUCUGUAGCAUCCGAGCGGUUUUGCCUACAAAAUAUUAUGACCCCUCUAUGGAAAGAUGAGACUCUCACAAACACGUUUUGCUCUACGACCCCCACAAGUGUCUUGGGACUCGUCUGAAGUCUGUACAGACAAUCUGCCAACUUCUGUCUGUAGCGUCCGAACAGUUUGGGCUACACACUAAUAUGACCCCUCUGUGUAAAGGUGAGACUCUUCCAAACACGUACAUGUCGGUUGUUUUGCUCGUCUGAAGGUCCCCCAGUACCAGUCAAGUACAUAUGGAGACUGUUUAGUGACAACAAUAAGGAGUUAAAUACAUGUUUAAAAAAAUAUAUGUAUAUACAGUACAAGUCAAAAGUUUGGAUUCACCUACUCAUUCAAGGGUUUUUCUUUAUUUUUACUAUUUUCUACAUUGUAGAAUAAUAGUGAAGACAUCAAAACUAUGAAAUAACACAUAUGGAAUCAUGUAGUAACCAAAAAAGUGUUAAACAAAUCAAAAUAUAUUUUAUAUUUGAGAUUCUUCAAAUAGCCACCCUUUGCCUUGAUGACAGCUUUGCACACUCUUGGCAUUCUCUCAACCAGCUUCACCUGGAAUGCUUUUCCAACAGUCUUAAAGGAGUUCCCACAUAUGCUGAGCACUUGUUGGCUGCUUUUCCUUCACUCUGCGGUCCGACUUAUCCCAAACCAUCUCAGUUGGGUUGAGGUCGGGAGAUAGUGGAGGUCGGGAGAUAGUGGAGGCCAGGUCAUCUGAUGCAGCACUGCAUCACUCUCCUUCUUGGUAAAAUAGCCCUUACACAGCCUGGAGGCGUGUUGGGUCAUUGUCCUGUUGAAAAACAAAUGAUAGUCCCACUAAGCCCAAACCAGAUGGGAUGGCGUAUCGCUGCAGAAUACUGUGGUAGCCAUGCUGGUUAAGUGUGCCUUGAAUUCUAAAUAAAUCACAGACAGUGUCACCAGCAAAGCACCCCCACACUAUAACACCCCCUCCUCCAUGCUUUAUCGUGGGAACUACACUUGCGGAGAUCAUCCAUUCACCCACACCGCGUCUCACAAAGACAUGGCGGUUGGAACCAAAAAUCUCAAAUUUGGACUCCAGACCAAAGGACAAAUUUCCACCGGUCUAAUGUCCAUUGCUCGUGUUUCUUGGCCCAAGCAGGUCUCUUCUUCUUAUUGGUGUCCUUUAGUAGUGGUUUCUUUGCAGCAAUUCGACCAUGAAGGCCUGAUCCACACAGUCCCCUCUGAACAGUUCAUGUUGAGAUGCAUCUGUGACUUGAACUCUGUGAAGCAUUUAUUUGGGCUGCAAAUUCUGAGGCUGGUAACUCUAAUGAACUUAUCCUCUGCAGCAGAGGUAACUCUGGGUCUUCCAUUCCUGUGGUGGUCCUCAUGAGAGCCAGUUUCAUCAUAGCGCUUGAUGGGUUUUGCGACUGCACUUGAAAAACCUUCAAAGUUCUUGAAAUGUUCCGUAUUGACUGACCUUCAUGUCUUAAAGUAAUGAUGGACUGUCGUUUCUCUAUGCUUAUUUGAGCUGUUCUUGCCAUAAUAUGGACUUGGUAUUUUACCAAAUAGGGCUAUCUUCUGUAUACCCCCCCUACCUUGUCACAACACAGCUGAUUGGCUCAACCGCAUUAAGAAGGAAAUAAAUUCCACAAAUUAACUUUUAAUAAGGCACACCUGUUAAUUGGGACUGUUGUUCCAUGUGGUGAAUCUGUAAUUCAAUGCGUUUGUAUGGACUAAUAGCAGUAAGGCCCAAAGUAUUUUUUCAUGACACUUUUUUAUAUAUGUUUUUGAUACUUCAAGGGGUCUUAAAAUUAUAAAUCAAAUAGCUAAAUGUUCCUUGGUAUGACGUUCUUAAAAUAAUUCCAUAUAGUUUAGUAUAACACCACCCUCCUCCCCCUGCUUAGACAGGGCUUAGAUUCAUGGGUUAAAAAAAACAUUAUUUACAAAAUAAAACCCUAGUCCUAUAGGCUAUGCCCUAAUUUUUGUUGUAGGCCUAUGCCUCAUGAGUAAAUUUGAGCUGAAAAAAAUACAUGAGGCUAUUCUAUUAAAACGACUAGAGCUUAUGCACACAUUAUCAAAAUUAACAUCUUAAUUGUCGCAUGUCAAACUGUCCUUUUGUGAGGCGGAGCCGGGAAGUAGUUCUGUAUGAUGGCGAGUGGUGGGGUCGAUACACCAGAAUUGGAGGAUCCUCCAUCAUCGUUUAAAUCUCAAGUUUGGUAACAUUUUGGCUUCAAAGUAGAUUACAAUGGCGAUGGACAGAGAGUUGUGGAUAAAACGUUAGCAGUAUGUCCCAAAGCUCAACGACAAUAGCCUAUGCAGCUGCCAACACCUCAAAAAUGUUGACACAUUAACACCGACAUCACCCCAGUAUACCGGAGCAAGAUGGAAACGCAAUGAAACAACAACACAACAUCGUCUCGCUCUGCAUUCAAGCAGCCCUUCGCAGCUGAUUCUUAGAGCGAUAGGUAGGCUAUGUUUAUAUAUUUUGUUACAGUCUUUGGUUUAUAGCCGCGGAUAUGCGCCCAUUCUUCGUGGUUGAGAAUAGGGGUUUUCUUUCAGCACCUCGUGAAAGUGCUUGAGCCACGUUACGAACUUCCUUCUUGCACCCAUUUCAGCAAACAGGUAGUACUUGCUCUAUAUAAGCCAACCAAAGCAGAAGUUUUCAGUGAAUUGGCCAAUGCACCCUGUGUUGCGCUUACUUAACAGUGACAGCCCAUCACAUUACCCCGGAGUGGGAGGUGUACCGUGCUACAGACACGCCCCUUUUAUGAGAGUCAGAAGUGCGCAUCUCGCACUGAAGGAGGCAGUGCCAUGGUGCAUUCCCAUCCAAGUGUGAAGUGGGAAUUUACCACAUAUGACUGGGAAAAAUCCACUCAACGCCCCUCACUGGUAAUUACUAGUGGAAAACUUGUCUAUCAUCCUGAGCACCUACUUCUCCCACAUGGUGACCUCUGAGGUCACCUACUAAGGAAAUGGCCUCUAUAACAGCAUUUUCAGCCAUUACUGUAAAUGCAACAAGAAAACAACAUUUAAAAAAAACAAUCUAUUCAUGUGGUUUUUGAACUCUGUCAUUUGUUUACAUGAUAGCUGUACUUUUAGUUUAUGGUUGACACAGCUUGUUGGCCAUUAGCCAAUCAGCGUUUCUUCAUGAGUUCAAAUCACAUGAAUGCAUCCAACUAGUAUUUACGACUUCACAACUGGUAAAUUCCCACCUCCCACAUGGUUACAAACACAGCAUCAGAGUCAAAACUUGAGAGGCCCAACAUAACAAUCUGGUCACAACAGACAAUGCAAGGAACAUUUUGAGUGCUGAACAUUGUGAAUGGCAUUUCAUGUUCCCGCUGUACCGAUUCUGAACCUUGACCCCAAAAUCGCAAUACGUACCGAACCGUGGGUUUGGUGAACCGUUACACCCCUACUCUUUAUACAUACCUAGUUAUACAUACCCUUUUAGAGGUUUAUGGCAGCAUUUUAGGCUAUUCCAGAAUGCCUUAGGUAGUGAUUGGGUUUGGUAGGUGACAUGGUAGCUAUUGGCCCCUGAAUAGGUAUUUUAACCCAAUAACAUCAUAAUAAUGUCAGUUUCACUCUCUUUACAUUUUCAGACCCAUUGCUGGAUAUGCCAACCUGUGCCCCAAUAUGAUAUCCACCCAACCUCAGGAGUUUGAGAGCAUGCUGUCAACCGUCAAACACGAAAUCAUACAUGCCCUGGUGGGUGCAUUGGAAACAAUUUACAUUCUAUUCCUAUUGGGGUGAAGCUAGUCAUGAAUGACUUAAAUAAAUAACAUAAUGAAUCGAACCUGUCCAACACAGAUUUCAUUAUUGAUUGAGUAAUGUGGUUUUAUUAUUUUGUUUAACGUAUUUGUCCAAAAGGGUUUUUCAGCAGGGCUGUUUGCAUUUUAUCAUGAUUAUAAUGGCAAGCCAUUGACACCUCGGUUUGCAAGUGGACUACCAGCAUUCAACGAGAGGUAUGUAUACUUGAUCAUGUUUUUAUAAUUGUGCCGUUUGUAAUAACCAGUAGGCCUAGACAAUAAUAUAAUUGUUUUUCUGUUGUGCAUUGUAUUUUCCCAUUCAUUCUGUUAACAGUUAAGACUGCUCUUGCUUUCUAUUAUAGUUUAGGCCUGUAUCAAUGGAGUGAUGCAGUGAUACGUAGAGUGACUCGAUUAUGGGACAUCCGUGGUGGCGUGAUGGUCCGUCAUGAAGUGCAUCUUCUAGUGACACCGCGUGUUGUGGUAAGAAUCCUUAUUUUAAGCUCCUCAUUGAAUCAUGUAUUUACAUGAAUUUCUUUUUGUUGAUUUUCGAAAUGUAACCUUUAUUUAACUAGGCAAGUCAGUUAAGAACACAUUUACAAUGACGGCCUACCCCGGCCAAACCCUCCCCUAACCUGGACGACGCUGGGAGAAUUGUGCGCCGCCCUAUGUGACUCCCGAUCACGGCCGGUUGUGAUACAGCCCGGGAUCGAACCAGGGUCUGUAGUGACGCCUCUAGCACUGAGAUGCAGUGCCUUAUACCGCUGCACCACUCAUGGGUAGAUACAGUAUGUCCCUUUGUAGAGGCAAUGCUGGGCUGUUCUGCGUGGUGUUAUGUUGUGUUGUGCUGCGCUGCUCUGUACUGUCCUGUAAUGUGGUUAAUGUUUGUGUCCUGUACCCUUGCAUGUGUUGGCAGGAGGAGGCGAGGAGACACUUUGGCUGUCCCAUUCUGGAGGGUAUGGAGCUGGAGAACCAGGGAGGGUUGGGUACUGAGCUGAACCACUGGGAGAAGAGGCUACUAGAGGUAACAGGAGGGUAUGGAGCUGGAGAACCAGGGAGGGUUGGGGACAGAGCUGAGCCACUGGGAGAAGAGGCUACUAGAGGUAACAGGAGGGUAUGGAGCUGGAGAACCAGGGAGGGUUGGGUACUGAGCUGAACCACUGGGAGAAGAGGCUACUAGAGGUAACAGGAGGGUAUGGAGCUGGAGAACCAGGGAGGGUUGGGUACUGAGCUGAGCCACUGGGAGAAGAGGCUACUAGAGGUAACAGGAGGGUAUGGAGCUGGAGAACCAGGGAGGGUUGGGUACUGAGCUGAGCCACUGGGAGAAGAGGCUACUAGAGGUAACAGGAGGGUAUGGAGCUGGAGAACCAGGGAGGGUUGGGUACUGAGCUGAACCACUGGGAGAAAAGGGAGGUAGAGAUAACAGGAGGGCUGAAGUUUGAUGGCAUUGUACUGUGCUUCGUUUUUACUGUUAUCUGAAAUGAUUCCUUUCUGUACAAUAUGUGUAGCCUACGUUAUAUCUUUACUUAGCCUACUAGAACUGAUGUCUGUACUGGAAUUCCUGAUAUAGACCUAACCACACCAUAGCCUUUCACUCCGUUUCAUAGUCUGUAUAUCUAUUGUGAAUUCUGCAUUUCUUAUUUAACUACAGUUCACUGCUCAUCAUCAGCACUUAUAUGCUCAUAUAGGUUCAUUAUUAAUCUAUAUAUGAUACAAGGAUGAUUCUCCUGUUUGUAUUAAUAACAGAAUGAAGCUAUGACUGGAUCGCACACACAAAACAGGGUGUUUUCUAGGAUCACCUUGGCCAUCAUGGAAGACACAGGGUAAGGUUGCUGACUGUUUCAAGAAAAUAUGGAAUACAAGAAAAUAAUGACUUACAUUUUAUGUAAUUUCAAGAGCUUUGACUAUUAAACAACUUGGCUAUUUUUUCUUGAGCCUUAGUGUGCAUUGGUGUGAUUGAAAGUACUUGACUUUGACAUGAUUUGUAUUGAAGUUCAAGAGUUUACCUGACUUGAUGUACAAUGUGUUCGGGUCAUCUCUUUCUCUAUGUAGUUGGUACAGAGCCAACUACAGCAUGGCAGAGAGGCUGGACUGGGGCAAGGGCCUGGGCUGUGACUUUGUGAUGAAGAGCUGUAAAUUCUGGAUUGAAAGGCAACGUCAGAGGUAAGGAGGUAUCUAAUCAGAGUUAAGGUUUCUUAUUGUACACAACAGGCUGAAACAUCUAAACGUCUAGGCACAUGGCAUGCCCCUAAACGAAUUUAAAGUAGAACCAGCCGACGCACCCUGUCUCAUAUGUCAACAUUUCUGUGCACACAAACAUCUUAGAAACUCUAUUAGAAAUUAAUUGUAACAAACAACAAUAAAAACAUUUAAAUGAGAAAUGGUGGCUCUACCUGAUCCAACCCUCUGUGUGUUAUUGUUUUUCAGUCGUAAAGUGGUGACCCCUUACUGUGACACGGUGCGGGCCACACCCCUCCAGCUCACCUGCAGGCAGGACCAGCUGGCUGUGGCCGUCUGCAACCUGCAGAAGUACCCUCAGGACCUACCCCUGGACUACCAGGUAAAAUACUAGUCUCACAAUGCCGUCCUUCAAAGUCACGAAGCCUAGAAAUCGAGGCUAUGACAACACACCCAGUGAUAACCACAUGAUGCUAGCAAGAGUCUGUGUCAGAAACCUAUUGGACCACUACAGAGGAUUAGAAGACAAACAAAAAUAUUGUAAGUGUAUGACACAACAAUUUACUAAACACUUGCACCCAAGCAAAGUUUGUACCUAUAAGACAAAAAAGGCUACAAAAACAAACAAAAAACACAUAUGAAAUGGUCUUUAUUUAAGAUGUUGUUGACCAGUUGUGACCUGCAUAGUACACCCCAUACAGUAAUUCUUGUCCACUUCCCCUCCUGCAGUACUUUGACCAUAUCCCUGAUGUCUCUGUGAGGGACGUUGCCUCCUACGGUGGAGCUGUGGAGAUCGCUGACUACUGUCCCUUCAGCCAGGAGUUCAGCUGGCACCUGAGCGGAGAGUACCAACGCAACUCCUACUGCAGGGUCCAGGAGAACCAGCCUGGUAAUAUCCCUUCCCUUCUUGCAUUGUUCUUGCCUCUUGGUGCCUCAGACCACUGGGCCUUAGUUAAUGUUGACUCACUAGAAGGUCUGCAAAAUUCCGGAAACAUUCCCAGGUUUUCCAGAAAUCACAGUUGGAUGAUUCCCUGUUGGAGUGUUCCAUGUUCCCUCUCUGCUUAUUCCCUCCCAAUUCUGGUAAUCUUCCAACUGGGAUUUCUGGAAAACAUGAAAAUUGUGUUUCCGGAAAGUUUGUCAUUUUGUAACCCUACUUGCUAGUAGGCUACCUGACACAUUGUUUCCAGAUUCGUGGAGGAACUACGGAGCUGAGCAGUAUGGUCCAGACUCCGUGUGUCUGUACCAGAAGACAGCCUUCGUCAUGGAGCAGUGUACCAGGCGCAUGACCUACCCUGACUGGGGAAGUGGCUGUUAUAAGGUAAUGCAGAAUAAGUAAACAAAUAAAAUAGUUAUCUCCAUUUCAGCAUCUCUGCAAUCUAUAUUUUGUCACUUAACUUUUCCAUAUUAUGCAAGCUAUGUACUGUGGGAGUCUUCUUAAUGUUUACCACCUUUAAGUCUCAUCCUUUUCUCAUAUGAUCUUACAGAAUCACAAAUUCAGCUCAGUCUAAUUUAUGAGUUUUGGGUUAACAAGUAAGCCUAUUAUAGAUGUGUGACAGGCAGAUAUGUAAAGUGACCCAUAUGAAUGUUAUAUUGUGGUUGUUCCAGAUGUCUUGCUCUACCCAGGGUCUGACAGUAUGGGUGCAGGACACUGCGUUUCAGUGUGUGCGUACCGGUCAGCUGCUGAGCGUCAGCGUGCGUGUUAAUGACUGGGUCUACAACGGGGUUCUCGUCUGUCCUGCCUGCUCAGACUUAUGUAGCGCCUGCCCUCUACCACAACAGCUCCCGCCCCUCAAUAGUACCAGGAGAGUUUCUAUUGGUGAGUUCCCCUGCCUGUCUUUCCUACCUUCCAUAUACAUGCACACACAUAAUGGGCACACACAGAGAUAAUUUAUAUAACUAGAUACAUUCUAUAGACCUUUUGGUACUAAGGAAGUGUUUUGGCUCUCUUCUAGAUCCGUGCUCCAGUUCCUCCAGCUUAGUGGUAACUCUGAGGCUUCUACUGUUCAACCUCAUCCCUCUGCUAGCUGGAUUUAUCCUGUGUGUGCAGAACUGA